GACAAGGUAGUAGAUAAUGAUCGAUUUGUUUAUAAAAAUAAAUAAACUGAAAAGUAUUUUGUAUUUUAUAAAGUCGUAUAAUAGCUUUUUGAAAGCAUAUAGAUUAUAAAGUAAUAAAUUGUAAUAGCAGUCUAAAAAAUCUGAAGCAUUUUCAAUAGGAACACUUAUCAAUAGGCCUUUAAGAUGACUUCGAUUUUUGAUCAAUAUGAGCAAGCCUCCCAGGUUUCCCAGCGUUCUGUACCUGCAUCAGAACAGAUGACAUCUUCUGGAUAUAUUAACAUGCAGUUAAAUGAUAACACACCAAUGUUCUCCAAACAGAAGAUGAAUUUCAAUCCCUCAGAUUUAAUAACCCAUGUUGCCGUGUCUAGUGAUUUUCUUGUCCUUGCUAUGGCUAAUGGAAAGCUGUUUAGACUUGAUUUGAAGAUGCCUGAUCAGCAUGAAGAAAUACAAUACACAAAAUUUGUGCAACCAAACUCAAAACUAACUUCAAUUUUCCUCGAUCCACUUGGGUACCAUCUUCUCAUGGCAUUCACUGCUAGGAACAAAGAUGGCAACCCAGAACUAGUAUACUUGCAUCGUAAGAGUAGUAAGCUCAAGACAGUGACAAAAUCUAGAAACUAUGAAGUGACAGAAGUAGGUUGGAAUUAUGAAAACAAGUCUACAGUUACGACGGGACCUAUACUGCUGGGUACGUCUCAAGGGCAUAUUUUGGAGACUGAGCUUGAAGCUGAUAGUGACAAAAUGUUUACAGCUACCCAGCAGUAUUGGAGACAGCUGCCUAACUAUCUGCCUAUAUACGGAGGCAAGGAAAUCGAUGGUUUGAUAUUUGAUAUCGGUAAAGGCACAGAUACACCAAUAACUGGAAUCCAAUUCCAUAGGGUAUCAAAUACAAGCAAAUACUUUAUUUUUGUCACUACCCCGACAAGAUUGUACCAGUUUAUUGGACAUGCGAUGAUAACAGAUGACAAGCCGUCCCUCCAAUCCAUAUUCUAUUCAUAUCUGACCACCCCGGAGACUGGAUUCCAAGAAAUACCUUCGACAUUGAAAUAUUCGAAACUUCAGUUCUAUUUUGAUAAAACGAAUACUCCAAAAACAUUCGCAUGGUUGACGGAGCCUGGAAUAUUUUAUGGACAGUUGGAUCCAACAUCUCAACAAAACUCGAACUCACUUUUUACACAAAGCGAACUCAUUAACUAUCCAUCCGAUGAUGGAAAUAGUAAAGAAACGACACCGAUAUCCUUCGUUUUAACAGAAUUUCACGCGGUUCUCAUGUACUCUGAUAGAGUCAAAGCCGUGUCUCUAUUAAAUCAAGAUCUAGUUUAUGAAGACAAAUAUUCUGAAGUACAUGGAAAGUUAAAGAAUAUAGUCAAGGAUCCAAUAAGACGGACUAUUUGGGCGGUCACCGGUAACGCUGUCUUCAGAUACAAAGUCAGUAGAGAAGAGAGGAAUGUUUGGAGGAUUUAUUCCGAUAAGGAACAAUUCGAUUUAGCGAAACAAUAUUGCCAAAAUAAUCCCGCAUUCAUCGAUAUCAUCAACGUGAAGCAAGCCGAGCUGCUCUUUGGGAAAGGCGAUUAUGAUAGGAGCGCAGAAAUUUACGCGGAAACUCAGAGCAGUUUUGAAACUGUGUGCCUGAAGUUCCUAGAAGUCGAACAAGUGAAUGCGUUGAAAGUUUACCUGGGGAAAAGAUUAGAUGCCUUGGAAGACGAUAAAACACUCAUAUCGAUGAUCGUUAUCUGGAUGACUGAAUUGUAUUUAUCACAGCUCGGCACACUUAGACGUAAAGGAAAAGCUGAUGCGCAAGAAUACCAUCAAAUACAAAGCGAUUUCGAAGUUUUUCUUCUACAGCCAAAAGUGGUAAAAUGUAUGCAGCACAUAAAAUCAGUAGUAUACGAUCUCAUGUCCUCGCAUGGAGACAAACAGAAUCUAAUCAAAUUAACGGUGAUCAACGAGGACUAUGAAAACGUUGUCGCCCAAAAUAUUUACAAGAAAUCAUACACUGAAGCGCUAAAUAUGCUCACGUCUUUGAAAAAGUCCGACUUGUUCUAUCAAUUCGCUCCAGCUCUCAUGGAGGAAAUGCCGAAGCAAACGGUCAACGCGUUGAUCGACCAAGGGCCCUUGCUGAGUCCCUCGAAACUCCUACCGGCAUUCCUCUCGUGUGAGAAUGAUAAGGCCCACGUGACUGAAAUUAUAAGAUAUUUAGAAUUUAUGUUACAAAACUUUAACGUGAAGGAUCGGGCGAUACAUAAUUAUUUAUUGACGCUGUACGUCGAGCACGACCAUCUAGCUCUAAUGAGGUAUCUGGUGAGGCAAGGACAAGAGUUGUCGAUGGUGAACUAUGAUGUUCAUUACGCUCUGAGGCUCUGCAGAGAGAAAGGUCUGUCCGAGGCCUGCGUGAAGCUGUCCGCCCUUCUCGGGCUGUGGGAGUCGGCGGCGGAGCUGGCGCUCGACGUGGACGUGGCGCUCGCCAAGGGCCUCGCCGACUUGCCGGACGACCCCGCGCUGCAGCGCCGCCUUUGGCUCGGCAUCGCGGAACAUGUGAUAACGAAGAACCAAGACAUCAAGGAAGCUAUGAGUCUUCUCGAAGAGUGUCCUCUUAUUAAAAUAGAGGAUAUCCUGCCGUUCUUCAGUGAUGUAGUCACCAUCGACCACUUUAGAGAGCCUAUUUGUCAAUCUCUGCAGGAGUACAAUAAUCAAAUAGAGGAGUUGAAGGCUGAAAUGGAAGACGCAACGAAAUCAGCCGAAUAUGUCCGCAGCGAGAUCCAGUCGUUCCGCAACCGCAGCGUGCUGGUGUCGGUGGGCGACGCGUGCUGCCUGUGCGACAUCGCGCUGCUGCUGCGGCCCUUCUACCUGUUCCCGUGCGCGCACCGCUUCCACAGCGACUGCCUGCUCGCCGAGACGGCGCCCAUCCUCGCUCCGGCGCGGCGAAACAAGUUGACCGAUCUCCAGCGGCAGCUCGCAGUGCUGUCCAACAUAGAGCUGUCCACGGUCACGUCGACCGGUUUGCCCCUCAGGGAGGUGCUCAAGAAUGAAAUAGACGACAUCGUGGCCAGCGAGUGCGUCUUCUGCGGCGAGCACAUGAUCGCUUGCAUCGACAAACCGUUCAUUGCGGACGAAGACUGGGACCGAGUCAUGAAGGAAUGGGAGUGAAUGAUAAAGUUCAUUUAUUUGGUUUGCAAUAAGCUUUGAUUAAAAAACGGAAUGGUUAUGAACAAUUUAAGAAAAGUUAAAAAUAUUUUUUUAUCUGAGGUCAUUAAUAAAUUAUUUGAUGGUAAACAUAUAUCUCAUAUAUAUAUUUUAGUGACAUAAAUUAUUGUUGUCCUAAAUAUUCUAACAGCCUAAUCAUUUCACACAAGAUUAAUCUUAACCGUAGAAAAGACUGACCAUCUUGUCAUUACUAAAAGUUUUUAAAAUUUGAACGAGAAAACCGUCUCUCGUAAGGCCAGUACCCGUUACAUAAUAUUCUGAUUUGUUCUCAUUUAUCUAUAAAACAAUAAUUAUUCUUAAUAUUAAGUAUCAGGAUUACUGGCACUAUAACAAUUGUUUUAUCUUCUAAGUUUUAAUAAAUUCUUGUUUAUACAAUUCGCAAUUGUAGUUGAUACGCAUUCACGCUUAAGUACUCAACUGAAAUUGAGGCUGGCAUGUAAUUUGUGUUUUUCUAAUGGAAUGCAUGCAGGUGUAAUAUGUAGAAGUACGUUAUAUGAUUCAUUUCGUGCUCGGCGCUAAAGGCAACACGCUGUGAGGAAACCUACAUACUCUAAACCUUCUUAAAUGGAGAGGAACUUUCAAACCAGAAGCGGGACCUUUGUUACUUUACUUUAUGUCAAAAAAAAAGUUUGUGUAUAUUUUAGUUAUAUAUAAUAGAAAAAUUUACUAAAUAUUUUCAAAUGCGUUAUAUUUAUUUCAGCCACAGGUUUUGUCUAUGACUGUAUUAGAGAAAUUUUAAUUAUUUUAUUUUAAGGUGCGUAUAGACUAGAUCAUUUACUUGAACAACCGUCCUUGCGUAUCACCGUUUCACGAACCGAACUUUGAGCAACACUCCAUAUUUUGUUGGAACUUGAAUUUUCAAAACAAAGAGCGUUUUGGUCUUGAGUAAACGAACGAUAGAAAGAAACUUUAAAGGUAAACUCACUUGAAAUAAAACUAAACUGAAAUAAAACAGACGUGUCUGCCCGUGACCACGAACACUGCAAAGUGCUCGAAACGUCGGGAUGUUAAAAUAAUUAAUAUACGCGAUUAAAUCCGUUAAAAACUAGUUUUAUUUCAAUGUGUAAUAAUCGCGAAAAUCUAAGACAACAUUAUGUAAACUCACUUGCCGAGAGCAUUACGUCUAACACUCGCAUUCGCAGGAACGGGUCUAGUCUAUAUUCAACUUUAGAUUUUUUUACAUCUAUUUAAGCUAUUAAUAAAGUAAUAAUAAUAUA